UUUUAAAUGUGUUUUGAAGAACCUUAAGAAGAUAAAGGAUUAGAGAAGUUUUUGAAAUUAGCUACUAAAUAGUAAAUGAUAUGAGUAAUUCUAGUUAUGAGAGUAAAUAUGGAACCCCAUAAAAAAAUUUGAGGGAAAAAGCAAUGACUUUAUGGUUGGACUUACCAUCAUUUAAAGAUAAAAUGAUAGUGAUGGAAUUUAUGUAAAAGAAGAUCAAUAGGAUUGAAUCAUCAUAAACAAAAAUCACUAAUUUUUUUAAAUCAAAUUAAAAGCCCUCAAAGAUUAAAGUUUAGAGAUAGAUAGAUUUUUUUGAUGAUUAAGAGAUUACAGGUCCAUUAAUAGAAGCUAACACUCCAAAAAAGAGAGAUAGAUCACCAUAUAGUAAAUUUUAUGAAGAAACCUAUUGGAAACUAAAAUUAGAGUAUGAAUCUCUGAAUUAAAAAGAGAUUAGAGAAAUGGUAUAAAGAUAAUGGGAAAGCAAUAGAAAGAUAAUUUAAAUUAUUUGA